GUGCGGGUGAACCGUUGGAAGAACCGAGCCCUGCGGCGCUUGGUGCCCUUCAGUGGCAUGGAUGAAGAGCAGGAAGCCAUCUUCACAAGAAAGCUGGGUGUGGGCUUUCAGACCAUGUCCUUGAACCUCAAUGCGACCAUGCUCCCACAGCUCUUUGUGACGAUGGGCGCUGCAGAUAUGCCCUUGAUCCACGCCAAGCAUCAGAAG